UAAAUUAUGUUUUACAGUCUUGUGUGUCAGUUCAGUUCACUUCAGUUCAGUUGGGGGUUCAACGAUAAAAAAGUUGUAAAAAAAUUGAAAAAUAAAUUCAAAGUGCCACAUCAACAUCAGUAAAGGAAUAAAACCAAUACAAAAAAAAAGGAUCCAUGAAUUUCAAACUCAUUUGGUUGGUCUUGUUGGUUUUGAUAACAGAAAUAUGGGCCCAAAAGGAUACCAGUACCAGGAUCCUAUCGCGGAAACGACGCUUUCUUUCGUUUCCCGAGGGUUCUUCAUUUGCGGCUUCGAUUUGCAUGACUAUCGGAGUAAUUGGUAAUCCAGUAUUGGAGUACAUGAGUUGGGCAGUGAAUUGGGGAAUUGCGUAUGAUUUGCCCAAUCAAACGUGGGUUCGCCAGCACAAGCAUGGAUUUAGUAACUCUCUUGACGCCCACAAUACAAAAGUUCGCUACCGAAGGGAUUUAUAUGAGGGCAUUGAACUUGCUAUGGAUAGUAUGGGGUUCAAUGGACGCGAUUGUAUCUCCCGGACAUUGUGUGAAAGUUCAAACUAUCUCAAGGAACGCGGCAAAGGCAACAUGGUGGAGGAAAUUGUGAAAUUGAUAUUUAGUUUUCCAAUGAGGCGCGAGGGGACUUUGUAUCAUCGUCAUCGAAAUGACCGAGAUAUUUAUCAUCAUCAUUAUGAUAAAGCUUAUUAUAAUGGUGCUGGAUCGAAUUACGACUGUCAGCGGAAAUAUCCUAACUGUCAUUUUUCACUUCUGGAUUGGGCAUUGGGCAAUGCAAAGUAUUCACUUGAACCCACCAAACAUGGAACUCAUCAGGGAUUUAUGUAGAAACAAAUUAAAUAUAAAUUGUACAUCAUCAUAAUUAAAUGAC